AUGGAGCAGCGUUACGGCCUGGAAAAGACAGCAGCCAGCCCAGGUCCUGAGCCUUCGUCACCACAGUCCGUUAGGACUCCACCUCGUUCACCAUCGGAGGAGUAUCAACGUCCCUUACUCAGCACUCCUGUCACUGAGGAUGAUGGCGGCAUCAUCUUUUCGGACUCUGAAAUACGCUACUGGAUGACUAAUGGAUUGGACUUGGCUUCACCAUCUAAAGACAAUAAUCCAGCUCACACCUAUCUUAUGCGAGAUGAUGAUGUCGACACGCUCACUCUCCCUCCGUUUGAUCCCAUCGCAGCGGUUCCACAGAACCUGGACGCAGCCUUCAAGACAGCCACUAAAGCCCAGGUGCCGCAUCUGCCACAGUUCAACGCCAAGAAGUUCUCCUCCCAUAACAUGGAUCCUUUCCUUAAAGCUCAGGACAUCGACGAGAACUUCAAGGUCAUCAGUGAUGCCAAGGUCAAGUCUUACAAGAUUGAGGACAAGAAGCUGGCACAAGUGGAAACUAUGACCAGGCGGAUGUUCUUCGGCCUCAACAGAUCUCGGGCAGUCAACGAAACGCUCAUCGCCAAAUUUCGAGACUCUACUGCGGAAGAAGAUAGGAUGACUUAUUCAGCCUUCCUUAUGCAGAAGAAAGACCAACAGUUCAUGACAGACCAUCUCUCAUCCAUCUCCACAGCGCUGACACUGGCACGUCGACAAGGUCUCCUAGCCUCCUGCAGUUGGAGUGAGCGGUUUACCAAGUCACUCUACACAGCCCCAUGGUCAACUCCUUCCAUCUUCGCUGGAGGUUGCCAAGGAAGUUACCAAAGACUCAAGAGAAAUCCUAAUGAUUAA